AACAAACUAUAACGUGCUGCUGCCCGUGGGGCCUGUCUCAGUUUGGGAUUGGAUAAUCCCAGGGCCCUAGACGUGGAAUAUUCUGGAUUUUGCAGUUUGGACGUGCAUUUCACCACUGGUGUUACGUUUGAGUGUGCACGUAGGCUAUCUAGUGACAAACUAUGGGGAAGGCUGAAAAGGGCACUCCGAAAUGGAUUGCGAACAAGGCUAAAGCAAAAGGACUUCAAAAACUUAGAUGGUAUUGUCAGAUGUGCCAAAAACAGUGCAGGGAUGAGAAUGGCUUCAAGUGUCAUACCAGCUCCGAAUCACACCAGAGGCAGCUUCUGCUGUUUGCAGAGAAUCCUGAUCAAUAUUUGGAUUCAUUCUCUCAGGAGUUCGAGGAGGGCUACCUGGAGCUGCUGCGGCGCCGGUUCGGCACCAAGCGCGUGCACGCGAACAACGUGUACCAGGAGUACAUCGCGCACAAGGAGCACCUGCACAUGAACGCCACCCAGUGGGAGACGCUGACCGACUUUGUCAAGUACCUGGGCCGCGACGGCAAGUGUACCGUCGACGAGACCGAGAAGGGAUGGUUCGUCACAUACAUCGACAGGGAUCCGGAGACGCUGGCUCGACAAGAGGCGCUGCUCAAGAAGGAGAAGAUGGACAAGGAUGACCAGGAGCGCAUGAUGGAGUUCAUUGAACGCCAGGUGGAGAAAGCCCGCGAGCAGGGUGGCGAGGCGGCCACCGCCGAGUACACCGAGCUGCAGCGGCCCGACGACGAGCGGCCCAUACGGCUGGGCCUGGCGCUGCCUGCGGCGCGCAAGGCUGAGCUGCGGCCGCCGCGGCCCGGCGCCAACCUACUGGCGCGCGAGGGGCCGACGCGGCCGAGCGCCUCCGCCGCCGCCUCCGCCUCCGGCAAGAGGAAGAUGAGCGCGCUCGACGAGAUCAAGGCGUUCGAGGAGCAGAAGAAGGAGAAGAUGAACAGGAAGGACUACUGGCUGACAGAAGGCGUCGUGGUGAAGGUGGUGACCAAGGACCUGGGCGACAAGUUCUACAAGCAGAAGGGCCACAUCACCGAGGUGCAGGACCGCUACCGGGCCGUGCUGCGCCUGCUGGACGGCGGCCACAAGCUGAAGCUGGACCAGGCGCACCUGGAGACAGUCGUGCCGGCCGUGGGACGGAAGGUGAAGAUCGUGAACGGCGCGUACCGGGGCGCCACGGCCACGCUGGACGCUAUACAGGAGAAGAAGUUCUGCGCGUCGCUGACGAUAGCCGAGGGGCCGCUCAAGGGCCGUCGGCUCAGCCAGGUGGCGUACGAGGAUUUCAGCAAGCUGCACGUGGCCUCGUGACGCGUCGGCCGCGUGUCGCCGGGCCGCUGGCGGCUGACUGUGAUACGGGCCGCGGGUGCCAACCCGCGACCUGAUUGGGCCACCACCUGUUAGCGCCGGGCCAGGGACGGCGCGCUGCUCAGGCCGCCGGACUGUGCUGCCACCUAUCGGCGCCGAGCCCGGGACGGUGCGCGGCUCAGGCCGCCGGACUGUGCUGCCACCUAUCGGCGCCGAGCCCGGGACGGCGCGCUGCUCAGGCCGCCGGACUGUGCUGCCACCUAUCGGCGCCGAGCCCGGGACGGUGCGCUGCUCAGGCCGCCGGACUGUGCUGCCACCUGUCGGCGCAAGGCUGUGCAGAGGCCCGUCGGCGCGUGACGUGGGCAGUUUUUGGCGCGGGACCGCGCCGCCUCUGGGCGCACAGUCCGGGGCGGCCGGCGGGUCCGGUCCCCAGAUGCGCUCGGUCGAUGUUUGGACCGUGGCGGGCGAACUGGGGGAGUAGUGUCAUGUUGACCUGGCAGUGAAGGCCCUUGUGCGAGAACUGGUGGCGGUGGUCACCUCUAAUGGCUGAACGUGUGUCUCGCGCAAGGACGCCGCAAUUGUUGCUCUGUGGACGGACGUGCCUGGCGCUGCACGUCGCGUGUGGGGCGGUGGAGGCGCGCCUCCGCUUGUAUUGAUCUGUCUCCGGCAGUAGUACCCGUGUGUUGUGUGCCUGAACAUAAUGCUUGCCGGCCUCAUGAACUUAGCUUCCGGAGUUUAGCCGGCCGGUAAUGUUAACGAUGGGCGGUUCCAAACGUGCGGGUGCGUGCAACGCAUGGUUUCUCCACAUUGCUGUCAGGAAGAACUGUGGGGGAACCAUUAAACUGCUUUGAGAACUUUUGUUCCCUUCGAAACACCAUGUAGGUCAUCCAAGAAUCCACUAGGUUUCGGUAGCGAUGAUUCAUUGCAUUCCAGCUCGUCGUUUAUUUGGCAGGCCGAGUAUUUUACCAUGACUUGUGUAAUCCUAUGUGGCGGCAGGCACCAACCUGAGCAGUUCAAAUGUAUCGCGUGUGAGACGUCGAAUGCAUUGUCGCUAACCGUUUGUGGUAACGGUGUUUAUAGCUUUGGCGCCGAAUUAUGCCGUGCCUCAUAAUUCGGCAACAUCGUUUGUGAUCUAGCGCAGAAUGCUCGGAACGCUUCGGAAAGAAAUUCUUACAGACGUGCAGCUCUCACGUAGCAUGCGAUUGUCGCGAACGUCGCUCACGGAAGACAGAUCAAGAAGUUGGAGUCUGACUGCAUGUGGUCUGCAAUACGACAUUUGUAUGUUCA